AUGGAUAUCGAUAAAAUUGUAUGUAACUAUGAGCCAAAUGACCAAUUAAGCGAAAUGUCAAAAGAAACACCAAGGGAAUCAAGGGAAUCGCCAGCAGAAACAAUAAAAGAAGAAUCAAUAAAAGAUGCAACGAUUGAAUCAGCAAAAGAAGAAUCAACAAAAGAUGUAACAAAAGAAGAAUCAAUAAAAGAUACAAUAAUUGAAUUAGUAAAAGAAACUUCAGGGGAAUCAUCAACAAAAAAAAUUGAGGAAACACAAUUUGAAUCAACAAAAGAAAUAACUAAACAAUUAAGUACUUCGGAUCCAGUGAUAAAGAAAGAACCUAACCCAGAUUCAGUACAUGAGUGGUUAUCUACACUUUCUUCCUGUCAAGUUGAACCUCCUAAUGAAGUUUUUAAUGAUAUUUCCAUAUGCGAUAUUAAUAAUGAAGACAAUAAGGAUAAAAAUGAUUGCACUGAUAUGGUUGAUAUAAUGACACAUAUAGAAAAUAUAAAUAAUAUUAAAAAUAUUGAAAAUAUUGAAAAUUUGGAAGAAAACGACCAUAUUACAAAAAUCAAUAAUGGAGAGUAUGAUAAAUUAGAAGAAAGUAAAAAUAGUUCUCCUUGCAAUAAUUUUUUAGAAAGUACUACUGGUGUUAGUAGUAGUGGAUCAAGAGCAGCUUCUUUAAAACAAAAGACUCCGAAAAAAAAAGAUUUUAUUGAACAAAUUGAUAAAAAGUCAAACAAGAAACGCAAAGUUUCAAUACCUUCGGAAAGAAAAACUACAUUACGAAAGUCGACAUUAAUAAAAUCUAAUUUGGCUACACCAGAUACACCAGAAUUAGGUACUGUAAAUUUAAAACGCGUUACAAGUACAGCUAAUCUGAAGGUAGAGCUUAAAAGAGUCAGACGGAAUUAUGUUGCACCUGCAAAGACUUUAAAUGGUAUAAAAAUAGACAAGGGAAAGAAUGAAGAAACCAAAGAAAGAUCUGCUACAAAUAUGAAAUAUAGAUCAUUGCAAAGAUCUCAAAAUGAAGAAAUGAAAGAAAAUGAACUUUCAGAAGAUGUUAUUAAGAAAAAAUAUGAACUUCAAAAUCUUCUACAAAAAUUAGAUGAAAAAACAUUUUUUGCCUGUGCUGCCUACGAGGAACUAAAUAACGAAAUGAAAAAAACAUCUGAUGAUUAUUGUCUUGAAAUUGAACCACCCAAAAUGUUUAAUAAAAAUGCAAUGUACAUAUUAAUGGGAUUAAAUCAAGAUUAA